AUGACGACUAAUCACCAGCCAUGGCUCUUAUUUGCUCUGCUUCUAAUCAUGUCUUAUUACAGAGCAUGCUUCUCCGUAGCUGGUGAUACCCUUUCACCAGGUCACUCUCUUUUAGAGAGCGACACCAUAUUAUCUCAAGGUAGAAAAUUUGAGCUGGGUUUCUUCAAACCAGGCACUUCAUCAAAAAUCUACCUGGGCAUAUGGUAUAAAGGGUUUCCUGAUGAAAUUGUUUGGGUAGCAAAUAGAGAAAACCGUUUGUCUCACCCAUCUUCCUCAAGACUUUACCUCUCAGAAAAUGGCAAUCUACUCCUUUUUGAAGGUUCCUCCGAGAUCCCAGUUUGGUCAACAAAUUUGACAUUUCCCCUGUCAAAUAUAAAUGAAGCAGUACUUGGUGAUGAUGGGAAUUUUGUUUUAAGAGACAGCUCAAACGCGUCUUGUAUAUUUUGGGAGAGUUUCGACCAUCCAACUGAUACAUUGCUGCCAGGUUUGAAGCUUUGGAGUAGAAAAUCACAGCAGUUCAUUUCAUGGAAAAAUUCAGAAGAUCCAGCACCUGGUCUGUUCUCGGCGGGGACCGUGGGGUUAAACGCAAAUGGAAGCAUACAGUUUUUCUUAGAGUGGAACAGAUCCCAAAUUUAUUGGAGUUCGGAAGUUUGGAAUGGAAGUGAUACUUUGAUAUGGAGCAGUAUCUUCAAGUGGAGUUUUGUGUCAAGUAAAAAUGAAAGUGAGAGAUAUUUUACUUGCUCUCUUUAUAAUCCAUCUAACCUUGCUAAUUAUCGGAUUGACCAAACAGGACAGAUCCGGGGAUUGGUGUGGGAGACUGGCCUUUCCAUUUGGAGUGAAUUUUGGUAUGCACCGACGAAACCAUCUGAUGUCUACGCUUUGUGUGGUGCAUUUGGCGUGGUACAAUACCCUGACAAUUUCUCAAACCCUUGUGAGUGUCUAAGAGGUUUCAAACCAUUUUUGAUGGAAGACACCAGACUAAAUGAUUGGUCAGGCGGCUGUGUGAGGAAAUCUCCUUUGCAAUGUGAGAAUAAUACGCAUGGUAGCGUCAAAAAAGAUUGGUUCAUGAAAAUAUCAAACAUGCGAUUGCCUGUUUAUUCGAAAGCAAAUUUGGCCUUGAAUGCUAGCAGAUGUGAAUUGGCUUGUAUGGAAAAUUGUUCUUGCACAGCUUAUGCUUAUAAUAGGAGUGGGUGUAUGAUAUGGGAAGGAGGUCUUUUGAACUUACAGCACCUUCCAUAUGGUGGCGAGAUUGGACAAGAUAUCUACCUAAGACUUGCUGCUGAUGAGUAUCCAGAUUCAAGUACAAAAGGCAAAAAAUGGAAAGUAUGGGUAGUUGUGCUGCUCCCUACAAUAGGGCUUAUCUUAUGCCUCCCAAUUUACUUUUCAUGCAAAGGAAGGAUCAAACGCAAAGGUACUGGAAGGUGCAUAUUGAAGAUCAUUUAUGGGAAGGACAUCUACCAAACUCUUUUGGGAGAACAACCCGACUACAUGUAUGAUAGCGAGUGGGCUCUUCUUGAUCGUAAAGCCCUGGCAGUUAUUUGGUUAUCAUUGUCAAAAUCAGUUGCACACAACGUUGUAAUGGAGACCACAGCAGAUCUAAUGGCGACUUUAUCAAGGAAUAAAAUAGAAAUCAACCGCCAUCUGUUCCAGCAAAAUAAGAAAAAGGAUGCCGAGUUACCACUAUUCAGUUAUGAAAGUGUAUUAGCUGCAACGAAUAAUUUAUCAGCUGUAAAUAAACUUGGAGAAGGAGGUUUUGGACCUGUUUACAAGGCAAAAUUACUCAAAGGGCAAGAAAUUGCAGUGAAGAUGCUUUCAAAAAGAUCUGGACAGGGCAUUGAGGAGUUCAGAAAUGAGACAAUACUAAUUGCAAAACUCCAACAUAGAAAUCUUGUCAGACUGUUAGGUUGCUGUAUCGAGCGAGAUGAAAAGAUAUUAAUAUAUGAGUACAUGCCCAAUAAAAGUUUGGACUUCUACCUUUUUGAUCCAACCAAGAAAAAGAUGCUAGGUUGGGAGACACGCAUACGCAUUAUUGAAGGGAUUGCUCAAGGGCUUCUUUAUCUCCAUCAAUAUUCAAGGUUACGAAUCAUACAUAGAGAUUUAAAACCUAGUAACAUUCUCUUGGAUAGUGAAAUGAAUCCAAAAAUAUCAGAUUUUGGCAUGGCUCGAAUAGUUGGAGGCAAUGAAACACAAGCAAACACAAACCGAAUUGUUGGAACUUAUGGCUAUAUGUCUCCUGAAUAUGCUAUGGAUGGUUUGUACUCAAUAAAGUCUGAUGUGUUUAGCUUUGGAGUAUUGGUGUUAGAGAUUGUGAGCGGCCGGAAGAACACUAGCUUCUAUAACAACGAGUCACUCAAUCUUCUUAGAUAUGCUUGGGAGUUGUUGAGAGAUGAUCGAAGUUUGGACCUGAUGGAGCCAGCAAUACGAUAUCCUUCUUCCACUUCUAUUAUAUUGAGAUUCAUUAAAAUUGGCCUUCUCUGUGUCCAAGAAAGCCCGAUUGAUCGGCCUACCAUGUCUGAUGUAAUCUCAAUGAUUAGCAAUGAACAUGCACCUCUACCUACACCUAAGCAAGCAGCGUUUUCCUCAGGCCGAAAUAUGAUGGACACAAAUUCAACAGUUGACAGUGCAGGAAGUUGCUCAAAAAAUAGUGGAUAUUUUUGGGAGGAUAUUGUAAGAAAAUGUAUUGGAGAAUGGCAGGGUAAAAGUUUGAGAGCAGUGGUAUGUAAACUUGGCUUGGAGCUCGGCAGUUUACAAUACAUGAAGUUGUUUAAAAGAGGCCUAUUUGCUUCUGCUUCUGGUUCUCGUUUUGUUGCUGUUGAGGAUUUUGUGGCAGAGGAAGGUUCCUCCAAAAUCCCAGUUUGGUCGACAAAUUUGACAUUUCCUGGGUCAAAUUUAACAGAAGCAGUACUUGGUGAUGAUGGAAAUUUUGUUUUGAGAGAUAGGCGGAACACGUCUACUAUAUUUUGGCAGAGUUUUGACCAUGCAACCAUAUUGCUGCCAGGUGCGAAGCUUGGGGUCGAAAAGAUUACUGGGAAACCACAGCAGCUCAUUUCAUGGAAAAAUUCAGAAGAUCCAUCACCUGGUGUGUUCUUGUUUGGGUUGGGCCCAAAUGGAAGCAAUCAAAUUUGCUUAGAGUGGAACAGAUCCCAAAUCUAUUGGAGUUUUGGACUUUGGAAUGGAACUUCUUCCAGCUUUGCCUUCAUUCCUGAGAUGGGAUUGAAUCAUAUCUACAACGUCAGUUUUGUGUCAAAUGAAAAUGGUAGGUAUUUUACUUAUUCUCAUUAUAAUCCUUCUCACCGUUCUAAAUAUGUGAUGGACUCUAUAGGACAUCUCCAGCUAUGGUCGUGGCUUUCUGGCCCUUCGGCAUUGACUAGAUUUUGGUCUCAACCGGCGGAACCAUCAGUCUAUGCUUUGUGUGGUGCAUUUGGCGUGUAUCGUGAGAAUUUCUCGAGCCCCUGUGAAUGUCUUAAAGGUUUUGAACCAUUUUCCAUGGAAGACACCAGACUAAAUGAUUGGUCAGGGGGUGUGUGA